AUGAAUAAGCUCACCUCUUUUUCAGCAGGUCCUACUACACCCAGAACAAUCAUAGAGGACAAGCAGAUCCUUGUGGGGGUGGGGGUAGCAGUCCCCCUGGGGGCCCUUUUCCUUACCCUCAUUAUUGUUCUUGGUGUUCUUCUCUGUAGGAAGUGGCAUCACUGGAAACUACAAAGGAAUAGAGCUGAAAAUUAUACUGCAGGGCCACUACCCAGAAACCCUACAAGCAGAGAGAGGGUAGUCUUUCGGCAGCCUAUUGGACACAUUAGACAACCUUCUGCCCAAAUAAGACCUACCCUACGUAAUGGUAUACCACCCAGCUACCCCCGCUUAUAUCCUGUUCUGGACCAUCUGCAAGAUGACCGUCGGUCAGGUCGAACAUCAAGACAAAAGGACAAUUUUGCUUUGCAGCGUCCUUUGGUGGAUCAAAGACCCAGUACUAUAUACAACUCCUAGGCCCUUUGACUGGAGGAAGGGUGAUUGGUGUUUUAACCGUGGAUGUG